UAAUAUUUUUUUUUUUUUUCUACCAACAUAAAUGAUGAGAGCAUGUAGGCAAGAAUAUUCCCAUAAAGACAUGGGAGUUUAACUCAAAUACACAUCUCAAGCACACUUCCAAAAACACAAAUCAAAAUCACCUAAACUCACUCACCCAAACACACACAGUAAUUGUGAGAAAAACGCACACACAAUCACAGAUUCAGUGUACAGUAUACACACACACACACCCCUCCGAUUGCGUGCUAGUGCGCGUAAUUUGGCAGAGAUUUUAGGGUAAUAAGAGAGGGGUUGCCGAUUGGAGAUCUCCGGCGGCAAUGUCUCACCCGCUUCCUGUCGUUGUCGCGCUUAACUGCGUCGAGGACACGGCGCUCGAGCAGGAGUGCCUCUCCGGCGUGGCGCGUGUGGAGCACGUGCCGCUGAGUAGGCUGGCCGAGUCGCGGAUCGAGUCGGCGGCGGCGGUCCUCAUCCACUCGCUCUCCUUCCUCCCGCGCGCCGCUCAGCGCCGGCUCCGCCCCUGGCAGCUGGUACUCUGCCUCGGAUCCUCCGACCGGGCAGUGGACUCGGCCCUCGCGGCCGAACUCGGGCUGGGCCGGAUGGUCCACGUGGACGUGAGCCGGGCCGAGGAGGUGGCGGACACGGUGAUGGCGCUCAUUCUGGGGCUGCUCAGGCGCACGCACCUGCUCUCGAGGCACGCCCUUUCGGCCUCCGGGUGGCUCGGAUCGGUGCAGCCGCUCUGCCGCGGGAUGCGGCGGUGCCGUGGGUUGGUGCUGGGAAUUGUCGGUAGAUCUGCAUCUGCGGCGUCGUUGGCUAGCAGGAGCUUGGCGUUUAAGAUGAGCGUGCUGUAUUUUGAUGUGCAGGGAAAUGCUAAUAUAAACAGAUCUUCCUUAAGAUUCCCAGCUGCAGCCAGAAGAAUGGAUACACUCAACGAUUUACUUGCGGCAAGUGACCUCAUAUCACUGCACUGUGCUCUUACGAAUGAUACAAUUCAUAUCAUUAAUGCAGAUUGUUUGCAGCAUAUAAAGCCUGGGGCAUUUCUUGUAAAUACUGGGAGCAGCCAGCUGCUGGAUGAUUGUGCUGUGAAGCAACUUUUGAUUGAUGGCACACUCGCAGGCUGUGCUCUGGAUGGUGCUGAAGGGCCGCAAUGGAUGGAAGCAUGGCUUCGGGAGAUGCCCAAUGUUCUAAUACUUCCACGGAGUGCGGACUACAGUGAAGAAGUAUGGACCGAGAUACGGGAGAAGGCGAUUUCCAUACUACAGCAGUUCUUCAUUGAUAAUAUCAUCCCCAAGGAUGCUGUUUCUGACGAAGAAGAGGAGGAGGUGGAACAAGAGGCCAGGGAUGAGAAUAAUCAUGGCCACACGCUGGCCCGUGAAACUUCAUUCCAAGAUUCAGCUGUUGAUAGGCUGCAUGAAGAAAUUCAGCCAGCAGCCGAAAGCUCUCAGAAGAAGCUCUUAAACCAGUCAAAGGGAAAUUCAUCCCACAAUCAAGACUCUGUUUUGUCACAAAGCACAUCAAACAGAUCUGAAACAAAGCGGAGCAGGUCGAGUAAGAAGGCAAAAAGGAGGCACGGCCGCCAAAAAUCCCAGAAUAAAGCGGACGCUUUUGAAAAAGGGAGCACUUCAUACAGAGAGGAAGAUGGGUCUCUGAGUGGCGCAGAUCAAGUGUUGAGUUCAAGUUCGCGUUUUGCGUCCCCCGAGGAUUUAAGGAUCCGGAAAACGCAUGUUGAGUCGAGCAUCGAAAGUAGUAAGAAAUCGGUUGAGGUCCUGAAGGAUGGACAUAUUGUGGUUUUACUUGCAAGAGACGGUCCUGCCCUUCAUGUAUCGAAGCAGAGAGUUAAGGGAGGCGGCUGGUUCCUUGACACGGUGUCAAAUGUUUCGAAAAGAGAUCCUGCAGCGCAGUUCCUUGUUGUGUUUAGAAACAAGGAUACUGUUGGUUUUAGAUCGUUUACUGCUGGAGGAAAGUUAUUACAGAUAAAUAGGAGGAUGGAAUUUGUAUUUGCUAGUCAUAGUUUUGAUGUUUGGGAGAGUUGGACAGUUGAAGGUUCUUUGGACGAAUGCAGGCUGGUGAACUGCAGAAAUCCUCUAGCAGCGCUGGAUGUACGCAUUGAAAUCGUUGCAGCUCUAGGCGAAGAUGGUGUUACUCGUUGGCUUGAUUAGUCGGCUAGAAUUUAUGAAGCAUUUUAACACAUGCAUGACAAUUUAUUUGUUUACACUGAGGUUUGUGAUGUCUUCACAUUUGAACUGAUGAAUGUUAUCCCUUUUGUAUUUGUGUGCUAAUCUCCUUUGAGAUGCUAUUGCUGUUGUAAUUGAAAAAUUCGACUUAUUGUGAUUGCUAUUGUUAAUUUUUUCAAAAGCCUCCUUGUGCUUUUCUCAUUUAAAGAUACGUUUGUGGGUUUUCUAUUUUCUGCUAAUCCUAU